AGGAAACCAGUCACUGCACCCACAGCCAAGGGCAGGCAGCAGAUCAGGAGCUUCUUGGAUCUAACGUUAGAGCCUGUCACCAAUUCUGCAGGAAAGGUAAUCAUGGGAGGACGGAAGGUGGCAAGAGAUGAAGAAAAUGCAUAUGGUAAGAACAAUCUCACAAUGCGUAUUUGCCCCCAAGUGUGAACCCUGGAUGGUAGGGGGAUGGGCUAAUUCAAGACUAAACAAGAGAAGCCGAGAGGUGACUUGAUGCUGGUGUGAAGCAGCAAGAGCCCUGGGGCUGGCACUUCCCUGGAUCUUUGUCCCCACCCUGCUGUGAGAUAUCAACUUCUUUGACUAACCUGUAUCUCUGUUUCCAAAAUAAAAUGAAUAAACAGAAGUGGAUGUAAAGGGCAUCAAGUCGUGUAUUAGAGGGAACAUGGUUCACCAGGUAGAAGGUGUUAGGGAACAAGGAUGGAGGGCUACACAAGUGUCUCAUUAGGCCGCAGGUUUAAGAGACAAGAGAGGAGGAGGGAGGCAGGAAGGGAAGGAAGAGAGUUGAUCUCAUCUUAUUUUCUGACAGUGUCCUAUGAGGACAGUGCUACAGUAUUGAUUGCGUUUGUGUUUACCACUUAGAUUAAGCAGCUCCCCAGGGUUACAAGGCUGGUAGAGGACAGGUCUAUGAUUCAAACCCCGGCCUUGGGACUCUAGAUAGCCCUCCUGGCUGGGCCCACUGCCCCACCUCUUUCUCCAGUGGGACAGUAUCAGGGAAAAUAAGACAGAAAUUGACAUUGGGGACCAGCUCUGCACAGCCUGGAUGACAGAUCAUAUCAGACAAAGUAAUGGCCUGUAUUACAAAGGCACAUCCUCUAGAGAGACGUUCAGCAGCUGCUGGACAGGUGCACGUGUGACGCCAAAGACCAGAGAAACAGACGGGUAGAGACCCCUUGGAGUGCCCAAAUCUCACACCAGGUCACUCAGUAAAGGUCUGGCCCCAAACACAACCGUGGAAGCGCUCUGUUCUCCUUUGCUCGCAAGGCAUCCAGGAGACCCUGGGACCGGGACAUGUUGCUCUCAGGUUCCGAAGUUUACAGACCACCGGUGCCCACAGGUUUCCAGGAGUUCAGGUCCGCCCUGCAGGAGCGCAGGCUGCGCCUCCUCCUGGCCGGGAGGUCGGGGACCGGGAAGAGCGCCACGGGCAACACCAUCCUCCAGCAGAAGCACUUCCUCUCCAGGCUCGCGGCCACGGCGGUGACCAGGGCCUGCGCCACGGGGAGCUGCCGCUGGGCCUCGUGGGACGUGGAAGUCCUCGACACCCCCGACCUCUUCAGCCCCGAGGUCGCCCAGGCAGACCCGGGCUUCGAGGAGAGAGGCCGCUGCUACCUGCUGUCGGCCCCGGGGCCCCACGCCGUGCUCCUGGUGACCCAGCUCGGCCGCUUCACCGCCCAGGACCUGCGGGCCUGGCAAGGGGUGAAGGCGCUGUUCGGGGCGGGCAUCGCGGCGCGCGCCGUCGUGGUCUUCACCCGCAGGGAGGACCUGGAGGGGGGCUCGCUGCAGCAGUACGUGCGCGACACCGACAACCGCGCGCUCCGGGAGCUGGUGGCCGAGUGCGGGGGCCGCUGCUGCGCCUUCGACAACCGAGCGGCCGACGGGGAGCGGGAGGCGCAGGUCGGGGAGCUGAUGGGGCUGGUGGAGGAGCUGGUGAGGGACCACGGCGGCGCCCCCUACACCAACGACGUGUACCGCCUGGCGCAGACCCUGGGCGGGCUGAGCCCCGAGGAGAGGCUGCGCAGGGUGGCGGAGCGACUGGCCGCCCGCGCGCCGACGUGGCCCCGGGCUGGGCUAUGGUGGUGGCCCAAGCCAGCGCCGGGAAUCCGGUAUAAGCUGGGCCUGGCGGCCCUGCUGGGUUCCCUGUUCCUGCUGUACCUACUCUGCAGGCGCUGGCCCGAGGCGGUGACUGCAUGACCUUCUUGCAAGUCACCUGGCAAAAAAGGAUCUGGACACUUGGAUCUGAAGGGGUAUUUCAAAGGAAUCAGUUUUCAGAAAUUUCAUGUCUACUCCAGCACAUAGUUUAAAUAAAGUUGUACCACUUUAAAACAUC